AUGGGUAUUCAAGGCUUGCUUCCUCAAUUGAAAAAUAUUCAGAAUCCAGUUUCUUUAAAUAGAUAUUCUGGGGAGACUCUGGCUAUUGAUGGAUAUGCAUGGUUGCAUAGAGCCACAUUCUCAUGUGCUCAUGAUUUGGUUUUAGGAAAUCCAACUGACAAAUAUCUUCAGUUUUUUAUUAAAAAGUUUGCAAUGUUAAAAUCAUAUAAUAUACAACCUUAUUUAGUCUUUGAUGGAAAUUCAUUACCAGUUAAAAAACAAACAGAAGUGAAGAGAAAAGAGAAAAGAACAGAGAAUAGAUCAAUUGCAAUUAAAUUAUGGAAUUCUGGAGAAAGAAGAAAUGCUAUGGAAUACUUUCAGAAAUCUGUCGAUGUAACCCCAGAAAUGGCAAAAUGUGUAAUAGAUUAUUGUAAAUUACAUGGGAUUAAAUACGUUGUUGCCCCUUAUGAAGCUGAUCCACAAUUGGUUUAUUUAGAGAAACACAAAAUUGUACAUGGUAUUAUUUCAGAAGAUUCUGAUUUGCUUGUAUUUGGUUGUAGAAAACUGAUAACAAAAUUGAACGAUUUUGGCGAAUGUAUUGAAAUCUGUAGAGAUAAUUUUAACCAAGUUCCAAAAAAAUUCCCAAUAUACGAAUUAACGGAUGAUCAGAUAAGAGUUAUGGUAUGUUUAUCCGGUUGCGAUUAUACUGAUGGUAUUUUGAAAAUUGGUUUAAUAAGAGCUAUAAAACUGGUUAGACAACAUAAAACAAUGGAUAAAAUUAUAUUAGCAUUACAGAGGGAAGGAAAAUCCGUUAUACCAAAAACUUUUCUUAUGGAAUAUUAUAAAGCUUGUUUAGCAUUUCAGUAUCAGAGGGUUUAUUGUCCCAAUCAAAAGAAAAUAGUAUCUUUGAACGAUCUGACUGAUGAAGUAAUUAGCAAAGUAUCAGAAAAGUAUGAACCGAAAGAAAUGUUUGUCUCAAUAGGCUUAGUGAUAAAUAAACAUACUAAAACAUGGGACUGUAUCUUAAAUGAUACCGAAGUUAAUCACGAAUUACACACAAAAAUAGCCCGAGGUGAACUAAGUCCUUAUGAUUUCAAUAAAAAUCUUGUAAAUAGAGAGCAUAAAUUACAAAUUCAAUCCAAAUCAGACUUAAGCACCGCAUCUACUUCUGCUGUUACUACUACUAGCGCAACAGUUAGUAAAUCAAUUGGUAUUGAAAAUUACUUUUCCAAAACUACAGAAAACACCAAUAAAGCAAUUUCAACUAAUUAUAAGACAGAGCAUAAAAAGCCAAUAAUAGAUAAGAUUAGCCAAUGUGUUAAAAGAAGAAAAUUAAUUAGCAACGUUCAAAAUAUUAAUUAUAGAGUUGAUGUAAGAAGUAAAUUUUUUUCAGGCGGUUCAACAAUAACAGCUAACACUGCCCUGUUGUCAGCGACCCAGUCAUCUAAUGGAUGGGCAAAAAAUUCAGAUAGUAAUCAAGAUAGUGUUGAUACAGAUAUCCCUGAUUCUGAACUUCCUACUCAAAUUUCUAGUUCAUACCCAAUACUCUCAUCAAACCAAAAUAUUAGCAAGCCUGUUGCGGUUAGUUUUAGUCAAACAAAGCCAGAAGCUUCUAUAAAUGUAAUUUCAGUGUCUAAUGUUAUUGCCAAUGAUGGAGAAGACACUUCUGAAAUCCUAAGUGAGGUUGACGAUAGCCUUAUGAAACCCAUGAUUGAUUUAGUGGAACUGGAUGACCAAGAUGAAAAUACUUCCAUAAAGUCUGAUGAAAGAGUCCUUCUCAAGGAUAUGCCAUCUGAAAAAACAGAACGCUCAUUAUUUAGUAGCCAAAAAUCUGCAACUGCUGAUAAAUCAAACACAAAAUCACUGACUUUUUUCCAACAAUUUAAAUAUUCACCAUCUCAAGUUGCUACACAAACAUCAAAUAGUAUUUCCUCAAGAUAUACUGCUGAUUGUGGUAGCAAUCUUAAAAGUCAUAGUUUCAAUACCAUUGUGAAUCGAAAUAAUAGCCAAGCUCUAGAUGAUAAAGAAAAUAGACUACCAUCAUCAUCACAGUUACUUCAGAGUGAAGAAAAGAGAUCUCUCUCUAAUACUAUUAUAAGAAAACCGUUAUCGAUUAGUAAUCCUAAUAAAUUAAAAAUUUCUAAAACUCUUUCUUUAAGUGACCAUAAAUUAACCCAAUCUUUGAAAAGUUCCCAAGAUUCAGAAUUUCAACCCAUAAAAAUUACAAAUGCUUUGGAUAAAAGCAACAUGAGCAUAUUGCAUAGAAAUAGCAUUAGGUUUAGUUCCAUAGGACACCUCGAUGAUAAAAAUAUAAGCAAAGUAGAUAAUCGAAGAAGUGUCUCUUCAUUGUCUAAGUUUAUUUAUAAAGAUAAAUGA